AUGAUUGAAGGAAUUAAAAACGAUAGAGUUGAUGAUUGCGAAAAUAGUCUUUUACUUAACUUAAAAACUGAUGAUUUUACCAAGACUGAUAACCUCAAUCUCUCCGGAAAGCAAAUAGAUCAAGGUUCGCAAGCUAUAAGCACCGUAAGCAUAGCAGGCAAUGAAUUAACCAACAAG